UUUUACAUAAUUUUGGUGUGUCAAGGAUGAGACAGAUGUGAAACUGAUUUGAAAAUUUUCUUCGUUGCAUGGGAUGUGGUCUGAACACAUAUAAAACCAGUGAAACUUCCUGCUAAACUGCACUUGAUACAAGAGCAGAUCACACGGUGGACUCCUGUCCUACGUUCUGGUUCUGUCUCUGACUUCAUCAUCAUGAGACUGUCUCUGGUUUUAUAUCUGCUGGUGUCCUGUCACUCACCAGGGCACAAUCAACGACUGCACCAACAAUAUUUACAUUAAUAACACCUGCAAAAACGUCUUCAAUCUGCACCAACAACAUCUGCACCAACAACAUCUGUAUCAACAACACUGGCAGACCCCUGCAGCAAAUACACUGUGCUGGACGAUCCUUGGAGAUCCACAGACAAUCCAUAUCCCUAUAUGAACCAAUAUAUGUGUGACUUUUUUUUCAACUGGGUUGGCUGGUACCGUCUCUUCCUUAAUGGUCAGAACGCACAGAUGCCGGACACAUGCGUUAAACCCUUUAGUUGUGGCACUGCUGGUGCACUGUGGCUGAACGGAGCGCAUCCAACGGUUCAGGAUGGAGAGGUAAACCGAGUCGUCUGUAAUAGCUGGGGAAAUAACUGCUGCGAUUUCACAUACAAUAUCAAAGUCAAAGCCUGUCCGGGAGGUUAUUAUGUGUACGAGUUUGUGAGGCCAUUUCACUGCUAUCGAGCGUACUGUGCAGAACUUAUCCCCACUCCGGAGUCAAUCUUAGCAGGCAUUACAGCGACAACUAAAUCACUGACAGACCCCUGCUACAAAUACACUGUGCUGGACGAUCCUUGGAGGUCCACAGACUAUCGAUAUCCCUAUAUAACCCAAUACAUGUGUGACUAUUUGAUCAGCGGGUACGACUGGUAUCGUUUCUUCAUCAAUGGUCAGAACGCACAGAUGCCGGACUCGUGCGUUAGCCACCUUAGUUGUGGCACUGGUGGAGCGAUGUGGCUGACCGGAGCGCAUCCAACAGUUCAGGAUGGAGAGGUAAAACGAGACGUCUGUGGAAACUGGUUGAAUAACUGCUGCGAUUUCAAAUACACUAUCAAAGUCAAAGCCUGCCCGGGAGGUUAUUACGUCUACAAGCUUUUUCGUGUAGAUUACUGCUAUCGAGCGUACUGUGCAGAGGUUAGGAACAUCAACAAUCUUACCAUGACUAUGACAGCAAUAUUUUACCCGUUCGGCUCAGCGGCAGGAGACACAAAUAAUCCUGUUCUAGAAGAUGGAAGCUCUCCUGUUAUUCAGCUGUCGAGUUCAUUUCUGUUCUUUGGCCACUCGUACCAGCAGAUUUACGUGAAUAAUAAUGGAUUCUUCACAUUUAACCAGGCUUCGUCAGAAUAUGUUCCCUACUCGUUUCCCGCUAACAGAAAUCAGGAUAUAAUUGCUGGUCUCUGGACUGAUCUUGACAACCGUGUGAAAGGAGUUGUUUCAUAUCAGCAGUACAUUAAUGGAGGUCUUCUCACAAACGCCACUCGGGAUAUAAAGACAUAUUUCCCAGAUCUGAACUUCAACGCUUCUUGGGUCUUCGUUGCGACGUGGGAUAAAGUCGCUUACUUCCCAGUAACCAACACAGAAACUUCGUUUCAGAUAGUUUUAAUUUCAGGCGGUAAUUAUUCCUUUAUUCUGAUGAAUUAUGGAGACAUUGCUGUAACAACACAUCCAGUGCAGGCUGGUUAUGACACAAUAAGCUCCACAAACUACUUUGUGAUUCCUGGAUCAAACCUCAGCAGCUUCAUCUCAAACCUCAGGAACUCCAGUAAUGUUGGUGUUCCCGGUCGAUGGGUCUUCAGGGUGGACAGCGAACCAGGAAACAGCAUCUUGAAAACCCUCCUCUAUGACCCCUGCUAUAACUACACUGUGCUGGAUGAUUUACGGAGAGCCACCAGCAAUCAGUUACAGUCUUCAUAUUACGCUCGAUACACCUCUAAAUUAUUGUGUGACCAAUAUGUCAACUGGGUGGGCUGGUACCGUCUCUUCAUUCGUGGACAGAGCGUUCAGAUGCCGGACACAUGUGUUGAUCAGCUAAGCUGUGGCACUCAUGCUCCUCUGUGGCUGACCAGUCCACACCCACGAAUUGAGGAUGGCGUGGUGAUCCGAAACGUCUGCGGUAAUUGGUGGAACGACUGCUGUGGUUUCCGUUCAAAUCCCAUUAAAGUCAAAGCCUGCCCAGGCAAUUACUACGUCUAUGAGUUCGUUCAGCCAAAUUUCUGCUUUGGGACCUACUGUGCAGAUGUUAGGAACAUUAGCAUCUAUAAUUUUACUUCGGAUCCAGCCUGGGCAGCACCAGCAAUAUUUUACCCGUUCGGCUCAGCGGCAGGAGACACAAAUAGUUCUGCUUUAGAAGAUGGAAGCUCUCCUGUUAUUCAGCUGUCGAGUUCAUUUCUGUUCUUUGGCCACUCGUACCAGCAGAUUUACGUGAAUAAUAAUGGAUACCUCACAUUUAACCAGGCUUUGUCAGAAUAUACUCCCUACUCGUUUCCCGCUAACAGAAGUCAGGAUAUAAUUGCUGGUCUCUGGACUGAUCUUGACAACCGUGUGAAAGGAGUUGUUUCAUAUCAGCAGUACAUUAACGGAGGUCUUCUCAAUCGAGCCAAUCAGGAUAUAAAGACAUAUUUCCCAGAUCUGAACUUCAUCGCUUCUUGGGUCUUCGUUGCGACGUGGGAUAAAGUCGCUUACUAUGCUUUGACCAAUACAGAAACAUCGUUUCAAAUCGUUUUAAUUUCAGGCGGUAAUUAUUCCUUUAUUCUGAUGAAUUAUGGAGACAUUGCUGUAACAGAACAUCCAGUGCAGGCUGGUUAUGACACAAUAAGCUCCACAAACUACUUUGUGAUUCCUGGAUCAAACCUCGGCAGCUUCAUCUCAAACCUCAGGAACUCCAGUAAUGUUGGUGUUCCCGGUCGAUGGGUCUUCAGGGUGGACAGCGAACCAAACAAAAAUAACAUCGUUGGACUUAAAGCGAAACUUACCUCAUUUUCUGACCUAACAGAUAAUGGAAACAUUCAGAUGGUUUUAGAUCAAUUGAAACAGGUGCUGGUUAGGAACGGUCUGUCAAACAGCAUCGAGCUGAAGCUAAGAAAAGUGCAAAAGAUAAAGCCAUGAUAUCAGUCUUCAAAUAAAAUAUUUUUUUUGACAGCAUUUUUCUUAAAAAACGUAAUGUAAUCUUUGUAUGACUGUGUCCACUAAAGAAAACAUUCUGUAUCAUGCGUGUCUUCUGUUAUGCUUUAUGAACCUGUGUUUUUACCCAGUGUUGCCUUAGUAAAGAGUGUAUGAUGGGAUUUUAAUAAAUGUGAUGUUCUUGAUAUUUAA